CUCCCGUGGCCAGGGCCGGGUGGGUGAGGCCGCAGCCCGCGGCAGCUUCCUGCCAGCUCCCUCCGAGCACUUUCGCUUUCGUUUCCCGGAGCCGGCGGGCUGCGUGUGCGGGGCUCAGACUUCCUGCCUCGCCCGCGUCGCCCGGUGUCCCAGCCUCCCAGGGACCCGGCCGCCAGCUCCCGCCAAGGGGAAGGAGCAGGAGGGAAGCUCAGCAUCCAGGAUGUACACCAUCACCCGAGGCCUCCUAGAGACUCUUCGGCAGCACUUCAUCCUUCAGAAGCUGGCGAUCUCCUAUGCCAUAUUCAAGCCAUUUCCCUUCUUCGAAGGCCUCCGAGACAAAUCGUUCAUCUCCGAGAGAAUGUACAUGGAGUCUAUGGAAGCCUGUAGAAAUAUGGUCCCCGUGUCCAGAGUGGCGUACAACAUUCUCACCAAACUGGAGGAGCCGUUUAAUGUGACGUUUCUGGAGAUGUUGUUCAGCCCAAUCAACCUGCGCGAAUACCCCGACCUGAGGGCAGUGCACAGAAGCUUCAUGAACGUCAUCACUGCCUGCCAAGGAUGGAGCAGAGCCACAGUGAACCUCUUUGAAGUCCCAGCCAACCCCGCAGAAAGAAGCCUUCCCCAGAACCGGCUGCCGCUGCCAGCCCCCCAGAGCCUCCCACGGAGAUGCUCCACGGCUGUGCCCAGUGUCAGUCAGCCCAGAGCAACCCCUCAGUACAGUGCUACGGUCCUGCACAAGCCACCCAGCCCUGCCAGCCCUGCCAAGUCUCCUCCCAGGGUCGUCCAGAAAGGAAGGACCACUCCAGCCAACUUCACAGCCCACAUAAAUGACGAAGAAGACGCACUGCAGGAGCCCGACACUCCCCCUGCCGCUGCGCAAGUGAUAAGAAAUGAUUCUCCUGAGCCAAAGGAGCCAGAGGAGCCCCAGGAGGCAGCCAGCCCAGCCCCCGUCAGGAAAGGAAAGAAAAGAAAAAUAAGUGCCUGGUCAACUGAAAAAAAGAGACAGAAGAAAAAAAGGCUUUCAAGAGGAACCACUUCCUUUGGAAACAUAGUCCAAAAGAAGCGCCAAAUGGCAUAUCAGGCGACUCAGGACAACUCAAGCAGGAACUUAGUGUUGGUGACAGGGACCCAAAAGGCAAGAACCAAAUGUGCCCAAAUGUCUAAACAUGAGGGAACCACCUCAUCUGGGAACAGAAGCCAAACGAAGCUCCAAGCAGCUCAGAAGAAGGACAACUUAACAUACUCAGGGGUGAUGACAAGGGCCCAAGCGCCAAGGGCUGAAUGUGCCCAAACGUCUGGACCUGAAGAAAAGAAAAGGGGAAAAAAAGUCUCUUCAAAUUCAACAAGAAGUUGUCAGAAAAAUGUUCCCCCAAAGGGAAAACCUAAAGACGAAACUGUGGACUUCCAGUCUCCUGAACUCCCUGUUACCUGUGGUAGUGAGAAGGGCACUUUAUUUACGGAGAAAAUGAAGAAAGGAUCCUGGGAGAAGUGCAUUCAGAACGAGAAGGGAGCUUGGUUCACGCCAAGACAAUUUGAAGUUAAAGGAAAGGGGUCAAGGUCAAAGGACUGGAAGCGGAACGUGCGUUGCGGAGGAAACUCCCUACAACAGCUGAUGGAGAAAGGACUUUUGUUUUGCCCUCCAAGAAUAAGUCUCAAGAGAGAGUGGGAAAGCUCGGAUGGGUGCGAGGUGUGCUGUAGAGGGGGCCAGCUGCUCUGCUGCGACACCUGUCCGCGAGCCUUUCACCAGGACUGUCACAUCCCGCUCACGGAGGCUGAGAGGAGCCCGUGGAGUUGCACCUUCUGCAGGAUGAAGGCGUCCUCAAGAAGUCAGCAGUGUCUCAGGGAAUCUGAGGUCCUGGCGAGGCAGAUGGGGCCCGAGGAGCAGCUGAAAUGUGAGUUCCUCCUCUUGAAGGCCUACUGUCACCCACAAAGCGCCUUCUUUGCGAAGACCCCACGUAACAUUCGGGAUUAUGCUGAGCCCUUUAGGGAAGCCAUGUGGCUGGACCUGGUGAAGGAAAGGCUGGCUGAGAAAGUGUAUACAGUGGCAUGGUUCGUUCGGGACAUGCGCCUGAUCUUUCGCAACCAUAAAACAUUUUACAAGGCUUCUGACUUCGGUCAGGCAGGACUAGAUUUAGAGGCCAAAUUUGAAAAGGGUGUCAAAGAGGUGCUUAUUUUCCAUGAAGCCACUGGGGACAGUUUCCAGGCUCCCCCUUGA